CUAUCUUUGACCAACAAUCCGCGUACCGCGCCUUGCUCGAACGAGGAAUCGCAGCUGCCAAGAACACGCCACAGUGGACGCACGCGAGGAUGGCCAUGGCCUCGAAAUCGACAUCGGAUUCCGCAUGGCGAGAUAGUGCGGCCGCGCGCGGAAAGGCCGGCGGGGCAGUCGUCCCCGUCCUCGACCUCGACACAAGGUAUAAAGCCCAGCAUCAGCCGCGGAGGUACAAGCUCGCCCACUACGCAGCCCUAGCCAUGCUCUCUGCCCUCCUCGCCCUCCUCGCUCUCAGUGCGCCCCUCGCCGCCUCGUCCCCCCUCGACGCGGUGGCCGACCUCGCCGCCCGCGGCAAGCACGACAAGUACCACGGCAAGACGCUCGCGCCUUCCAACUACACCGUCGUGCCUGGCAUCUUCAUCCAGGACGACCCCAAGUUCAACGCUACGGGCUACGACCUGCUGUCUGACAGCUUCGGUCUGAUUGACAAGUCUGGCAAGCGCUGGAAGAACUUUACCAAGUACGUCACCGACCUCAACAAGAACGCCGAUGAGCACACCACCUACAAGGUCGUCUACAUCGCUCGCCACGGCCAGGGCUACCACAACGCCGCCGAGUCGUUCUACGGCACCCCCGCCUGGAACUGCUACUGGGCGCUCCAGAACGGCGACGGCAACAUGACCUGGGCCGACGCCGAGCUCACCCCCCUCGGCAUUGCCCAGGCCCAGGCGGCCAACGACGGCUGGAAGACGCAGCUCAAGGACCACAUCCCCCUGCCCCAGCGUCUCUACUCGUCGCCCAUGCGCCGCUCGGCGUCGACCCUCGACAUCACCUGGAAGGACAUUCUCCUCAACAAGGGUGUCAAGCCUGUCAUCCAGGAGGCCUGGCGCGAGUCGAUCGGCCUGCACACCUGCGACUGGCGCAACAACAAGAGCGACAUUGCCGCCCACUACCCCGGCUUCGAGUUUGAGCCCUCGUUCACCGAGCACGACCUGCUCUGGGACCCUAUCUACGAGGAGACGGGUCCCCAGCAGGCCAAGCGCAUCCGCACCGCGCUCAACCAGAUCUUCGCUACGGAUCCCUCCACCUUCAUCUCCAUUACGGCCCACUCGGGUGUCAUCAACGCCUUCUUCCUUGCGACCGGCCACAACAAGUUCUCGGUCCAGACGGGUGGCUUCGUCCCGGUCCUGCUCAAGGCCGUCUCGUACCCCUCGGCGACGUUCAGCCUCAUCACCGGCGGCCAGUCGGCGACCGCCCCUGCGUGCACGGCUGACCCCACCGUCCUCGUCAAGGCGCCCGCUACGGUGACUGUCCAGCCUACGUGGUACCCCGCGUGCGCGACCGAGACUGCUGCCACGACGUCGGCCAAGCCCACUGGCUGCCUCGCGAGCCCUGUCACCGGCCCGACGCCGACUGCGACCAAGGCGUAGACGACGGAUAGCAGCCGUCGAUUUAAUCAGUGCUGAGCUCAUCCUGGUUCGGACCCGGAUGGGUGAAUGAUGCUGGUGGAGGGUAGUGGAGGUCGCUUUCGGCCGUCUUGGGAAUUGAAUGCAUUAUAGUGUGCGCUGGG